GUGAUAUAUGCCCUGAACACUAAGAAUGAUGAACAUGAGGCUAGUAUACAGGCUCUGAGAGAGGCUCAUGAAGAAGAAAUUCAGCACAUUCUUGCUGAGACAAGGGAAACGAUUCUCCAGUGUAAAAGCAAAGUUGAAGAAGAACAAUUGCUGAGAAGACGUAUUCAGGCCCUUGAAAUUGCAGUAGAACAACACAAGAGACUAAAGGAAGAAGCCUUGGCAGAGUUAACAUUGUGCAAGAAGCAGGUGGAAGAGAGAGAGCUGAGAAUAGAAGCGAAACAAGCACAGGUGGUCAUUUCUACAGACACAGUAUAUACCGAUGCAGACUUUGAAAACAAGCUCCUACAUUUAAGUCAGGAGUCUGGUGGACUGCUAAAUGAAUGUAAAGCAUCUAGGAGAGCAAAUUUAGAUAAAAAAGUAAUUUUAGAUGAAAAAUGCAGUAUGGAAGGACAAGGUCUAAUAAAUGAGAUGGAAAACGUGAAGAGUGAGAAACAGAGAGUAACUGAAGAAUACACUCAGAAAACAAGCAAACUGCAAGCCUCUUAUGAGAGAGAAAAAGAGACUUUGAAAAAGGCUAUGCAGCAAUCUAUGAUAGAAACAAAGAAGAAUUGUCAGCAAGGAGAAAUGGAGCAAAGGAAGAGCUCAGAGGCUGAGGAAUGUUUUUUGCUGCAGCAGGUAAAGAAGCUGGAGGCAGACCUAGAGGAGAAAAGCCAGAAGAUAAAUGAGAGGAAGAAGCAUUCCCAGAAGCUGAAGGAGAGAAUACAGGAGCUCCAGACACAGCUAGAGGAAUUUAGAAGAAAAUCUGAGUGUGAACUAAAGCAACUAGAGAAAGAGAAAGAAGUCCUAACUGGGAAACUUCAAAACUCUUCGCUUGAGGUGGCUCAGCUGAAGCAAAUACUAGACCAACAAGCAAAUAAUUUCAAGGAGUCACUGAAGAAACAUAAUCUACAGUCCAACAAAGAAAAAGAGAAGCUGUUGCAGGAUCUUCAAAACAUCAUUAAGGAAAACCAGAAUGUUAAACUGCAGCUGGAGGCAUCACAUCAAAAAGUCUUAAAAACAUUGGAGAAAAGGAAAAAUCAGGAACUCAAGGAGGCAGAAGAACGUUUGAAAAAGGAAUUUAAUGAGACUUUCAAGAUCCAACAUCAGUCUCAUAGGCUGGAAAUACAAACCUUGGAAGAGAAAGCAAAGAAAGAAUUACGUGAUGAACUUGACCAGAUACAGAAGCAGCAAACCCUGUUGCUAGGAUCUCUAAGGAUGGAACUCUCUGAGCAACAGACAUUGUGCACUAAUCUCAAGAAACAAACAGAAGAACUCCAAAUGGAGCUGAGGAGUGUGAAGACACUGAAGAAGCAACAGGAAGGAAGUAGCCAGAGCCAGAUCAGAUCUCUUCAUGAUGAACUGGAAAAAUGUCAGAGUGAAAUUUCCGAACUCAAGAAAGAGAAUUUACUUUUGAAGGACACAAUGGAGCUACUCACUGCUGAGUUGGAGUCGCAGAAGCAAGAAGCUGCACAGCUUCAGGAUAGGGAGAAACAGCACAGAAGGAAACUAGACUAGCAAUAUCUGAUGUGUAAGCUUGUUAGUAUUUUAUACCAGGGGCUGGAUUUUACAUUGGACAGGUGUUGUGGGUUAACCCUGGUGGCAAUUUAUUUUGGAACUCCACAACAUUCU